AAAAGGAAGACACGUGUGCGCCCUGCGGGCCUCCCUCAGAGCUCUGGUGUGUGUCUGCUUCUCUCCAGGCGGCAGCCCCGGAACUCCUUUCUCUCCUUCCUUUACAACCCCUCACAGGUCCCUGACCCUCUCCUGCUCUCCGGCUUUGGCUUCGCUGGAAAGGAGAACAGCUGGCUACUGCUGGACUGAGGGCAUUUAUUUUUCCUGCUCUGUGCCAGGCAUUGCUCUGGGCACAGGAGUUAUAGCCACAAAUUAGACAGAAGUCUUGGAGAUCAUAUUCUUGUGGAUGGAUUAAGAAAUGAAAAGUGAGGCCUACGCUGAGGACUGCUGCCUCAACUGAGCAGAGGGAGGCAUCCCAGAUCCUGCCAGGGGUCGUGGGAGGUGAGGCCUGUUCUGAGGACUGCUGCCCUAGGUGAACAGAGGAAGGAGUCCUAGACCCUGCUAGGAGUCAAGACUUUUGCUUCAGGAAAUCUAAAGAAGGUGAAGGCCUUGGUGUGAGGGUUGCAGCCUCCAGUCAGCUGAAGGAGGACUUCCAGCCUCUACGAGUCAAGGUUGUGGUCCUCUGUUACAUAUCCUGCUCACAUUCCCAUCUGCUACCACUGACCAGAGUGAGAAUGUCUCAGAGUCGGGAGAUUCCACAUUGCACGCAGGAACAACAUUGUGCCCAGGGCCUGGAGGCUGCACAGGCCUCCAAGGAUCCGGAGGAGGCCUCUCUCUCCUCCCAUUCUUUAAUGCCUGGCAACCAGGAGGGGGCUUUGGCUGCUGGGGCACCUAGUACUUCCCAGGGUCCUCAGAGUGCCUGUGUAGCUUAUGCUGUCACCACAGCCCUCUUAUCAGGCAAAUUAGGUGAGCAUUCCAGCAGCCAAGAAAAGGAGGGUGGUUCAGCUUCUUCAGAGUCCUCUUCAGAAGCAGAGAACUUGCCCAUAGACCCUCUAGAUGAGAAGGUGAAUUUGCUGGUGCAGUUCCUGCUGCAAAAGUAUCAAAAGAGAGAGCCGAUCACAAAGGCAGACAUGAUUAAUGAUGUUAUCAGAGAGCACAAGGAUGACUUCCUUGAGAUCCUCAGGAGAGUCUCUGAACGCAUAGAGCUGGUCUUUGGGGUAGAUCUGAAGGAAGUUGAUCCCACUAGCCAUACCUAUGCCCUUGUCAACAAAUUAGACCUCACCUAUGAUGCCAGGCUCAGUGACGAUGAGGGCAUGCCCAAGACUAGCCUUCUGAUAAUUAUCCUGGGGGUGAUUUUCAUGAAGGGCAAUCGUGCUACUGAGGAGGAGAUCUGGGAAGUCCUGAAUAUGAUGGACUUACAUUCUGGGAGGGACCAUUUCAUCUUUGGGGAACCCAGAAAGUUCAUUACUAAAGAUUUAGUGAGGGAGAAGUACCUGGAGUACCGCCAGGUGCCCAAUAGCGAUCCUCCACGCUAUGAGUUCCUGUGGGGCCCAAGAGCCCAUGCUGAAGCCAGCAAGAUGAAAUUGCUUGAGUUUUUGACCAAGAUCCAUGAGUCUGACCCCACUUGUUUCCCAUCCCAGUAUGAGGAGGCCUUGAGAGAUGAGGCAGAGAGAGCCCGAGCUAGAGUUGCCACUGAGGCUAGCACAAGUGCCAAGGCAAAGUCAUGUUCCAAUCCCAGAUCCAGCAGCUCCUCCCACCCAUAGUGAGGUCUGAGGCAGAUUCUUCACUUUGUCAUUAAAGAGAGCAGUCAAUUUUCUAAAUAAUGGAGGGCUGGAGUGUGGCUACAGGGAACUCUGUAUACUGUUUUGUGUACCUCUUCUAUAUGUUAACACAGGUUUAUUUGGGGGGUGAGUUAGUUUUCAAAUGUUCCUUUUAAUGUAACAUUUCAUUAUCUUCAGAAUCUAAGUUGGUGAAUGACAUUGGUCAUACAGUUAUUGCUCUUUAUGGAAUUUAAGAAUACAAGUUUUGUUCAUAAAACAUUGUAAAACUGACUAUCUUCUUUUGUGAUCUAGAAAAGAUAACAUGGCAUGCAAAUAGGCAUUUCUUUAGAACUCAGCAGUAGGAUAGUUGGGAUCAAGAAAAAAAACAGAUGGUCAAUUCUUGGCUUCUCACAUCCUUUUAAAUCUGCUGUUCUGUAAAAUUAGAUGACAUAUAUAUAUGCAUUUGCUUAUGUUACUGAAGAAUGUAAGAGAAAUAAAUCUUAAUAAAUUAGACCCCAUGAACACUGA